AUGGCUCACAUACACGAGGAGGCGCAUGGCGCCGAUGACAAACAGCCCAACGAGUACAGUACGCCAGCUGGCUCGUCGACUAUGGAGCCUACGGCCGGCCCAUCUCAUCAGGAGCCGGAAGAAUACGAUGUCGAAACAGUCGAGAGGGUUUACAGGUCCAAUAUUGGAAUCGCGCAAACAAUGAAUGCCGCUCAGGGUCAUGACUUGAUGUCCGUCCUCGGCCUCACAGCUAAAGACACAUCAACCGCCUUGGCUCUUUUCUACGUGGCCUAUGUCAUCUUCGACUGCCCCUCCAAUCUGGUGAUGGCCAAGCUGAGCCCUCGCAUCUGGAUGGCUCGCAUUGUCAUUGCCACCGGUAUCAUUGGCACCUGCUUCGCUGCCGUGCAGAGCGCCUGGAGUGUCAAGCUUCUACGAUUCUUGCUCGGUGUUGUGAUUGCGGGCAUGUGGCCUGGAAUGACGUACUACCUCACCUUGUUCUACCCGCCUUCUCGAACGGGUAAGCGAAUCGGCAUGUACUUCACUGCUGCCCAGCUCUCUGCUGCUGUGGUUGGCCUUGUGUCUGCUGGUUUCCAACUCAUGGAUGGUUUGGGAGGCCUCGUUGGUUUCCGCUGGAUGUUCCUCAUCUACGGCCUGGUGGCCGUGGUUCUUGGCUUUUGCCUGCUUUGGUGGCUUCCCGAUCGCCCUCUUCCUCCUGGGCAGAAGCGUCAGCGCUCAAGCUGGUUGAAGUGGCUUCCGGCAACCCCAGAAGCGCUUUCCGGCCAGGAUGCCGUCAUUCACUACAAUGACCUCCGACGGGUCUAUCACCCCAGGCCCUGGACUAUGAAGGAUCUUCUGCAGGUGCUAAUUGAUUGGCGCCUGUGGCCUUUGACUUUCAUGUACUUUGGCGUCGUUGGCGUUGGAAUCGGUACGCAGCUUUAUGGAUCUGUCAUCAUCCGCUCUAUUGUGCCCACGGCAACGAGUAUCCAAGUCAGCUUGCUUUUUGCUCCGAUCUGGAUCAUCGCCGGCCUGCUUGUCGUAACUUUUGCUCUCGAUAAUGGUUGGGCUCGCUACGGGGGUCUUCUGAUGGUUGGAUUCGGUCUUGGCCCGACUGUUCCCAAUUGCAUGACAUGGACGAACGAGAUCUUCCAGCGCCGCCACGGUGAAGUCGGUGUUGCGGCUGCGACUGCUCUGGUGUCCGGCCUUGGCAACCUUGGAAGCAUUGUCACGACCUACGCUCUGUACACCGGAUGGCCAGAGGACGCCGCCAAGGGUCGUUAUCAGUACCGUCGCAGCAACUACGCAAUGAUCGGCAUUCUCUGCCUGAGUAUCGCCAGCAGCUUCGCCAUGUUCUUCCUGCUCAAGGUCUUCGGAAACAAGCCCGUGAACAAGAUUUCGAGCCUCGACUCCUCUAGUGAGAUUGAAGACGGUGCCGCGAGACGCGAGGCCCGGCAACGAGGCUUUGGAAAGUUGUUCCCUCGUUCCAACCAAAACCGGGAAGCCUGA